AUUUUGUUUUUGUACUCGGGGCGCGUAGCAAGUGUUGGCGGGUCUUGCUCGUCCCGUUCUGCCUCCCAGUUCCGCCUGUAAUCUCCUCCGGCUAAUUCGGCCAAUUUGCUGUUUACUGGCCAUUUAGUGACCAGCCAUUUAGUGGCUAGUGAAAAAUUAAUAGCAUAAUUGAUAUUGCAACCAAAUCGCAAUUGCAGUCGGGUUGAGGCCGCACUAUACUUGCUGGUGUUGUGGAAAAGUGUUAUUGAUUUGCGUGAAAGUUGCGGGCUGCUGUUGCAGAUUGGUGGAAAAAACGCAAAGAAAGUUUUCUUGAAAUGGCUUAAAAAAAAAUAAAGAAAAACAAUGGAAAACUUAAACUUUGCACGCACGCCGCAGUUUCUGCGCAAAGUUAUCUACGAGGCGCGCAGAUCGUUUAUUCACAGCGACUCUGCCGCCACCGCAUCCGCCGCCCCAGACCCCGAGGAGGAGGCAUCGUCCGAGAUGGAACUCGCCCACACACUGACCCUGAACGAGGAGGCCCUCAAGCAGCUGCCGGAGCACAAGCGUCCUGUCUUCGAGCUGGAAUGGCUGCGCUACCUAGAGAAGGCUCUGCCCACGGUGGCCAAGUCCGAGAUAAAGGCCAGCCAGAAGAAGCUGGUCCAGCAGCUCUCCGAGCGGAUCCAGGGAGCACCAGGACCGCCCAUGCGCAAGCUCAUCGCCAGUGCCCUGGCCACGCUCUUCUCGGUGGGAGACACCUUCAUGCUCUUCGACACCGUCAACGCCUGCAAUGACAUCCUCAAGAACAAGGACGACUCCCCCAGCUAUCUCCCAACCAAGCUCGCCGCCAUUUGCGUUCUGGGCUCCAUGUACGAGAAGCUGGGCAGGAUGAUGGGUCGCACCUACGAGGACACUGUCCAGAUCCUGAUACGCACGCUGCGAAACGCCGAGUCACAGGCUCGCAUCGAGAUCAUGCACACCCUGGAGAAGGUGAGCGCCGGCAUGGGCACUGCCAUCGCCAACGUUCACAAGGACAUCUACAAGGCGGCCAAGCACUGCCUCCUGGACCGAGUAAUGGCUGUUCGCGUGGCCGCUGCGCGCUGCAUCCUGAAGAUGAUCUACAGUGCCCCGUUCCUCUACCAAACAGAACUGGAGAGCUUGGGAACCCUGUGCUUCCGGGCCUUCGACGGAAGCAACUACGAGGUGCGCUGCGCCGUGGCCCAGCUCCUGGGCACUCUUCUGGCGUACACCCAGCAACUGGCUGAGCUGGCCACUGGGAAGAAGAAACAGACCCAGGCGGCGGCUCUCCAGGCAGCCAAGGGAGCCAACCAGCGUCUAGUGUCGUUGGACGAAGCACUCGGAAUUCUGAUGUCUGGAUUCCUGCGAGGAGGAGCCUCUUUUCUCAAAGGAACUGGAGAGAUCAUCAAGGGCAGCUCGGGUGUCAACCGGGAAGUGCGAGUGGGUGUCACCCACGCCUAUGUGGUCUUCGUCCAGUUUAUGGGGAGUGUGUGGUUGGAGCGCCAACUGAGCACUUUCCUUGCCCAUGUCCUCGAUCUGGUGGCCAAUCCCAAGGCGGCCUGCUCCCAUGUGGAUGCAGUGUACUCCCGGAAAUGCAUCAACUUCAUUCUCCGCUCCACCAUCGGCAAGAUGCUGGGCGAGAAGGCGCAAAGCGCCGCCUGCAAGGAACUCGUUCAUUUGGUCGCCAAGCAGAUGAACUCGAUCGACUUCAAUCCGGAGAACGCCAAGGACUCCAACCAGGAGACUCUGUUCAGUCAGCACUUGCUGGUGUGUGCCCUGCAGGAGCUGAGUUCGCUUCUGAUCGGAUUGGGCACGACCGCCCAGAAUCUGUUAGGAGACCAAUCCCUGCAGGCCAUCGACGCCACAUGUGCGGUCUUGGUGCACCCGUGUGCCGCUGCCCGGCUGGCCGCCGCCUGGUGCCUGAGGUGUGCCUGCGUAGCGGUCCCUGGGCAGAUCACGCCGUUGAUCGAUCGCUUUGUCGAGGCCAUCGAGCAGAUGCGAUCCUCGCCAGAGGCAGUCGCCGGAUAUAGCUGCGCUUUGGCGGCCAUUUUGGGAAGUGUGCGCUACUCGCCCCUGGGCAUUCCUCACACCAAGGGAAAAGUGGUCUUCAACUGUGCGGAGGAACUGCUGCGUUCCGCUUCCCAGAAUAGCCGCAUGUCGCUGCACCGCACCCAGGCCGGAUGGCUGUUGAUCGGAGCCAUCAUGACCCUGGGAUCGCCAGUCGUCAAGGGUUUGUUGCCGCGGAUGCUUCUUCUGUGGCGCAACUCCUUCCCGAGAUCCAACAAGGAGCUGGAGUCGGAGAAAGCCCGCGGUGAUGCGUUCACCUGGCAGGUUACCCUGGAGGGCAGGGCGGGAGCACUGUCGGUGAUGCACAGUUUCCUUUUGAACUGUCCCGACCUCGUCACCGAGGACAUCACUCGCCGCCUGCUGACGCCCAUCGAGAGUGCCCUAGCGAUGCUGGUCAAUUUGGCCACUGUCCUGAAGAGCUACGGCACCCAGUUGAAGGCACCGGCCGCCAUGGUGCGACUUCGCCUCUUUGAGACCCUCACGCUGCUGCCCCCCACUGCUUUGGAGGCCUCCUACACCCAUCUCCUCCGCAUGCUCGUUUCGGAGUUCACCCUUUCGGACAACGCAGCUAACACUACCAACUCGCUGCUGCGAACGCUGUGUCAUGGUGAUGAUUCCAUUAUCCUGGGCACUUGGCUGCAGGAGACCAACCAUCGCACCAUCGAGGACCAGAUGGAGCCCAAUCGCAAAGUCGAUGGCGAGCAUUUGCAACCAAAUAGCGCUGCUGGAUCGGGAGCCUUGGAACACGAUCCCUGCUGCUUAUACCGUCCCAACUGGUCAGCCCAAGGAACCGGAUCCACGGCAAGUGGUACUGUGGCAGCUUCAACGUCCGGCGGAGCCAUCGUCGGCUCCACCACCAACAUCCAACUGAUCAGCAAGGCGCAGCAGUGUCCCGGGCCAUUGCCUCUUGGAGUGGCCGUGAUUGACAUGGCGGUGACCCUCUUCGGAACCAUUUUCCCCAAGGUAGCCAACAAGCAUCGUCUGCAAAUGCUGGAGCACUUCGCCGAGUGCAUCCGCCAGGCGAAGAGCAGUCGCCAGGAAGCCGUCCAGAUGAACAUCUUCACGGCCCUGCUCUGCGCUCUGAAGAAUCUGACGGACAGCAAGACCAGUUUGGGCCAAGAGGACGUCCGCAAGAGUGCCACAGCCCUGAUAGUUGCCUCGCUCACCAGUUCCAACUCGACCAUUCGCUGUGCAGCCGGAGAAGCCCUGGGCAGACUGGCCCAGGUGGUGGGAGACUCGCACUUCACAGCGGAACUGGCGCAGAACAGCUUCGACAAGCUGAAGUCGGCGAGGGAUGUUGUCACAAGGACGGGGCAUUCGCACGCUCUGGGAUGCCUGCAUCGCUAUGUUGGUGGCAUGGGCUCAUCGCAGCACUUGAGCACCAGUGUCUCCAUCCUAUUGGCCCUGGGCCAGGACAGUGCCUCGCCGGUGGUGCAGGCUUGGUCCCUAUACGCCCUCGCCCAAAUAGCCGACUCCGGAGGACCCAUGUUCCGGGGCUAUGUGGAUGCCACGUUGACCCUUAGCCUGAAGCUCUUGCUCACUGUUCCGCACGCCCAUGUGGAUGUCCAUCAGUGCGUGGGUCGUGUGGUUAAUGCCUUGAUCACCACCGUGGGACCGGAACUGCAAGGCGGUGUGGCCAGCAUGCGAGGAUCCUUCCUGUGCUCGGCAGCACUGCUCCAGGCCCACUCGGAUCCCUUGGUCCAAGCCGAAGCUAUCGGGUGCCUGCAGCAGCUCCACUUGUUUGCCUGCAAGUCGCUGCAGCUGGAGGAGCUGGUGCCCACACUGGUCGGCAUGCUGGCCAGCAAUUAUUUCAUCCUUCGGAAGGCAGCCGUGUCCUGUCUUCGCCAGCUGGCUCACCGGGAAGCCAAGGAAGUGUGCGAACUAGCUCUGACCAUUAAUGCGGAGCAGCUGCCGGACUUGGUGAUCACCGAGUACGGACUGCCGGGACUACUCUUCUCGCUGCUGGACACCGAAACUGACGCCGAGAUGCUCCGGAACAUCCACGACACUCUCACCUCCAUGCUGCAAAUGCUGGCUGCGGACAACCUCAGCUCGUGGCUGAGCCUCUGCAAGAACGUCCUGACAGUGGCCGUCGAGGGAGGUCUCAACGACGAUGCGGCGGCGGCAGAGCAGGCGAAGGGCAAGGAGGGCGGCGGAGAUCAGGAGGACGACGACGACGAGGAGGAGUAUGCCGAUGAUGUGACCGAAUAUCGUGCCGAGGAAAACACAUCCACCCAUCCGGCAGUGCAGCCCCGGUGGCCCACCAGAGUGUUCGCCGCUCAGUGCGUUCGGAGGAUCAUCGCCAGCUGUGAGGCGGCCAGCGCCGUGCACUUUGACCUGCUCCAGGCCAAGGAGCAGCAGCUGAUUCGCUCGCGCGGGGACUACCUCAUUCUUCACCUGGCGGAGCUCAUUCGUAUGUCCUUCAUGGCGGCCACCUCUGACUCGGAUCAGCUGCGAUUAGAGGGGUUGCGCACGCUCCAGGAGAUCAUCGACCGGUUCGCCAACAUCCCUGAGCCCGAGUUCCCCGGUCAUCUUCUCCUGGAGCAGUUCCAGGCCCAGGUGGGCGCCGCUUUGCGACCCGCUUUCGCUCCGGACACUCCGUCUCAUGUGACGGCAGCCGCCUGUGAAGUGUGCUCCGCUUGGAUCGGCUCCGGGGUGGCCCGCGACAUUGGGGACUUGCGGCGGGUGCACCAGCUACUCGUGAGCUCCCUGAGCAAGCUGUCGUCCAAAACGAACAGCACCCAGCUGUACAACGAGUCCAUGGCCACCCUGGAAAAGCUGAGCAUCCUGAAGGCCUGGGCCGAGGUCUACAUCGUGGCCAUGCUGAGCAACGGAAAGGCGCCGGCUUCGCUGCUGAACCUGCAGUCGCAAGAGUCGGGGAUCCAAUCCCUGACCAAUGUGGAUGCGGAUCAAGAUCUGCCCGACAGCAGGGGCGAAAGUCUCUUGGGCCUGGUGCAGCCGGAGCUUCACAAUCUCUCCACCCACUGGCUGAGCGCAAUGAAGGACCACGCCCUGUUGCUACUCCCGGCCGAGUUCCAGUCCCAGCUGCCCCAUGAUGGGGGAGCUUUCUACACCACGGACACGAUCAACUCCUCGAAACCCCACUACAUGGCCAGUUGGCCACCCAUCCUGUACGCCUCUGCGCUUUGGUUGAGGGACGAGGGCUUCGCCCGGCAUCUGGACACCGAUGAGACCACUGCGGAAUCGAACAACAACCAGAUCACCCACGGAUCUCUAUCAGCGGACCGAUUCCACAUGAUCUUCGGCAUCUGCAUGGAGGCUCUGUGCAGCAUGAGGAGCUCCGAACGGCCGAGGAACAUUAUUAGUUGCCUGAGAUCCCUACACAGCAUCUUCGAUUCGGAUUGGGCCAGGAGGCAGCUGGUCAAGGAUCGCGCACUCACCAUAGAACUGUGCCACGUGCUGCACAGGCAGAUCCUGACCAGGGAUGAGCUGCUCGUCCAACUACUCUGCGUGGAAAUACUGAAGCAGACAAUAAGGGCGGCUCGCGAGGAUCUGGAGAGGAAGCGGGACGACAACGCCAACUCAGAGGACGAGAAGAGAGGAGAGCGACUGGGCGAGGACGACUCUAUGCAGCCGGGCAGCUCCCACGUCUACGCAGUCCUGGAGGUCUGUCUGUGCUUAUUCGUGCGCCAGAUUCCCAGCAUGAAUCCCACACGGCAGGGAUCCGGCCUCCAGCUGGACUUCUCGUACGCCAAAAUGGCCACCGGCACUUCGUUCUUCUCGGUGCUGGGCGACGACAAUGGUCUUCUGGUGGCCAGUGGGCUGCAGUGCGUCGAACAGUUGCUGGACUUGUGCACGCCCAAGGGCGCCCUGGCCAUUCUGCCCACCGUCCUCUACAUGACCACCAGCAUCGUCAAGGAGAUCGCCAACAAAUCGUCCAUUGAUAGCACCAUUCUGGCCAACACAAGCGCCGUGAAGGCUGCCCUGCAGUGUCUGCGAUCCGUUUGUGUCCACAAGUGGGCCAAGGUGGAGGAGUCGUCGGAGGAGUGGCAGCAGUUGCUCCAAAGCGCACUGGCCACCAUUGUCGACUUGACGAAGACCGCCGGCGACAAUGAGGAGAGAAGGGUUGACGAGGUCACCAUGCUGCUGGCCAUCGCUGUCUUCAUCCUGCACACGCCCGCCGCUGUCGUGGCCACGCCCUCGCUGCAGUAUCCCUGCAUCAACCACUUCCGGCAGUGCCUGCAGUCGGAGCACAUGUCCGUGAAGCUGCGAUGCAUCGAAACCACUCGCUCCAUCUUCGCCCACGCGGACCUGAAGACAGCCACGCCCUAUAUCCACGCCCUGGCCCCCAGGAUCAUCGAGUCGCUGUACGCGGAGUCCAGCAAAGCGCCAUCCAACGAGCUGGAACUCCAGGUCACCCUGGAGAGCAUAGUCACCGUGGAGCAGCUGAUUGAUCUGGCAGAGCCCCAACACCGAAACAUGAACUUGCUACAAGACAUCCAAAUGCUGACGCUGCUGGUGCCCGUACUUAUCGGAUUCCUGUCCGAGCCAUGUCGAUUGAGGACGCUGCCCAAGUACCAGAGACAGUUGCACGACCAGGCGCUGCAAUGGCUGCUGAAGAUCGGUCCCAAGUACCCCAAGGAGUUCAAGGCCCUGAUGGGCCAGACGCCGGAGCUGCGCCAGAAACUGGAGGCCGCCAUCCGCAGCCAGCAGCAGUCGAUUAACAUCGCCCAGAAGGCGUCCGAGGCCCAGAGGAGCGGCCUGCUGGCCAAGCCACAGAAGCCCACGAUCAAGCUGAAAACGGACUUCAGCAACUUCCAAUAAGCCCACUGCAAUACUGUUAAUUAUAGCGCUUACUUGCUUUGCGAACAAGGAUGGAUUGUUUAUAAAAUAGUAAUAUCUGAGCAACUGAUUCUAAUCUUUGGACAGGAUUAUAAAAAGUUCAAUACCAGUUUCUCCCUAGCCAUUUUAAAUGGCUGAUUAGAAGGAAUGGGGAAGAGCUCUUUGUGAAAUUUUUAUACGAUGAUGUCUCAAUAAAGGAACCUUCAAAGAUUACAAUCAGAUUGUCGGAAUUUUCUACUUUCGGCAUUGGAAUAUAGAGCGAUCAUGCGGCCCGGCAUUUGUUUUUGCUAAACGUGAAACACAAUGAAAGUACCUACAAGUUUCUAAAUUAUUUGUUAGCUAUUGUAAUGAACUAUUUUACGACGCGAUAUAAAGUAACAAAGAAUAAAUAAAACUUAUAAAGCUUAAAACUA